AUGGCGCCUGCGCCUGUGCCGGCGCCACAGACCGGCGCACCGGGGGCGAGCCCGGUGCCUGCACCCGCCAGACCACGCGUUCCUAAGUGGAAGCUGCCGCCGAAAAAGUCGAAGGAUGGCGUCAAGCUCUUCACGAGGUGGUGGCCACGCAAGAAGAAGCGGUCUCCAAAGAAGAAGACCACAAUUCUCAAGGAGUUUGGUUUACUGAGAAAUAUCAUGAUUUGGAUCCCGUGGUGGGUGAGCUGCGUCCUCGAGCGGCUGACCUCCUCGGCCUCCGUGGCGCUUCAGCUGCUCCUGUCGACCCUGAUCACCACCGAGCUCUUAGGUCUCGACAUCCUUUCCAGCAGGCGCACCACAAGUGACAUCGCCCGCCCCUUGGGUUCUGCUCGGCGCCUUGCUGCCCUCGCCUACGACAGUGGGCUGAGCUUGUUUCUGGUCCUGGCAGCCCUUUUGCGUUUGCUUCCGCUGCCGGCGCCAGGUGAUGAUGCCAUGGCCGUACUGCGCAGACUUGCAUUGCUGCAGUCCUGCCUAGGGGCAGCACUCCACUGCAGCUCUGUGAUUCGAUGGCCGAUGCCGUCCUGUGACUAUCGGGUGCCCCCUCUGCUUGUGCUCUUGGCAUAUUUUGCCCAGCCGUGGAUGAACUUCGCUUGCUUCCUGGCAUUGCUGAGACCGGAUGAUCACAAGCUUGCGGGCGGACUCCUCACGGACACUGCGGUCAUGACGCUCUUGAUGGUCUUUCGCAUCGCGAUUUUCGGGCGGUAUGGAAGGCCUCGCAUGCCCAGAGAACCACAGAGCUGGACGGGCCGCACUCGAGACGCCCUCCUCCUGGGGUUCUUCGUGCUCGGCCUG